CAAUCAGAAUUAGCUGUCGUGUCCAGAAGGUGAAAGGGAACUACGGCAAGCGAAGAGGACUAUAAAUGUGUGGUCAGUACGGUUGUGAGUUGUUAACUGAUCACUUUGGGAUAAGAAUCUGCAAGUGUUUAGGAAUACACUCGGACUUCAGAAACAGGACAUCAUCAUCAUCAUCAUCAUAACCAUCAUGGGGUACACAAAGGGGCAGCUAUGGUGCUGCCUGGUGCUGCUGCUGUCCUGUUGUGUGCUUUAUGUUCACUCGCACGGAGAUCAUCAUGGUCAAGAAAACCCACAACCUCCCAUCACCCGCAUGGACAAGAACAUGGUACAGGACAAAGACCACAUCAUGGAGCAUUUAGACGGGGUGAUCGACAAGCCCGAGUCGGACAUGACUCCUCAAGAGCUGCAGCUUCACUAUUUCAAAAUGCAUGAUUAUGAUGGUAACAACCUGCUGGAUGGGCUCGAGCUUGCCACUGCAAUUACACAUGUACACAAGGAGGAGAAAGGCCAGAACAGUCCACCAAUGAAAGAGCAGGACCUCAUCAAUAUUAUCGAUCAAGUCCUUCGGGAUGAUGACAAAAACAACGAUGGCUACAUCGACUAUGCAGAGUUUGCAAAGUCUCUCCAGUAACAGUGGAGGUGUUUGUGUGUGUGUGUGUGUGUGUGUGUGUGUGUGAGAGAGAGAGAGAGAGAGAGAGAGAGAGAGAGUGUAUAUAUGUGUGUGAGUGGUGGUGGGUAUGGAGGAGUAUAGAGGAGUGUGUGCUGCCUAACUGUGAGCUCUGAUUACCUCUACCUGAAUGCAGUGAAUCAGUGAUUUGGGUGUAUGCAUAUACCCAUCCUCAGCAAAGCUACAGUGUUUCUUAGACUGAAUGGCUGCUUGUAGUUGCACACAGCUUGGUCUUUUUGCUGUUUCAGCACGUUUUCUUGAACUCUUAAAGCACUUCAAAUUCAAUGAUGCAACAAGGAUCGGAUCUAAGUAGCUAGGGUCUACUGAACACACUUUAGCCUGUCAGAAUCAACUGUGGGAUGAAGUGAAAUGGAUUGUAUUAUAACACGAGAAGCAAUGUAUGGCCUGAAAUCUCAACUUGUGUCAGAAUGAACCUGCCAAAUCCAUUUGCUGUGAAGACGUGUCCUCUUUUUAUUAUUGCUGCAGUGUGUUUUGAAGCAACAUUCUAAUGCAAAGUAAUGAAAAGGGGUAAAAUUGCUUCCUUACCUUAAUGAGACCUUUUUUUUUUUCCUUAAUAGACUUUCAAAAACUGACAAGAAAUAUUUGCCAAAUUGCACUUCUUGUGUUAUUUUGUGUUUCAAGCCUGUUUCAAGAGUGUUGCUUUCUGAUCAUAUUUGUCAUAAUUCUCAACAUCAGUUUUUGCUUUUUGGUCUGAAUCAUUAGGAUAAAUAUGGGUCUGUCAGCGUGAUUAACCUGGCUGUUACUGUAAUAUGCUGUUGAUCUCACAAAUGUUUCCCAGUCCCAGUGCUGGAGCAUCAAUCUGUUUCAUUCUGGAUUGUUUUGCUUUUACUUUAUCAGGUGUGUGAGGACAGGAAAACCACUUACUUGUACAAGUGCAGCAAGUAACUGCGACUGGGAAACACAGACUUUAGUCUUCAUUCAGUCAAGACUGAUGAAGGAACUUUUUCUAGACUACUUGAUUAUUAUUUCUAUCACAAAUGUAAUCCAAGCCCAUAUCAUGUGUCAUGUGUUAUUCAUUUUGUUAUUAGUUGCAUUCAGAGCUUGAUUUGAGUUCUUCAUGAGCAGGGAAAAAAGACAACAAUGACCAUAUGCGAAGGCUAAUUUAUUUCUAUCUAAAUUUCUGAAACAAAUGUGUAGUUAUUAAUGUAUAUACUAUCAAUAUAUACUAUCCAAUGAAAUGUAGCAUUGCUUCAUAACCCAUGUUCAGGUGGUAAGAGGAUUUCCUAUAAAGUGAACAGAACUCUAGGUCAAUCAGACUAUUUCGAAUGUAAACGAGACUGAUUUCUAUUUUCACAGUUUUGAUGCUUGUGGGUCUAUGAAUGAAGUGUGAAUUAAUUAUUAUUUUUUUUUGUUUUAGAAAAGUAUAUUAUCUUCAAGACAACAUCUGUUUUGGAACUGUAAUAAAAAAAAUGUGUGAAAA